AGUGAAUCUGACAACUGAGACGGCUGCUGACCAAGGGGCAGGGAGCAUAUGGAGCAUGGAUGCGCCAGACAGGGGGAUACUUCAUAUCCCAGGCAGGACAGAGCAGGGCAGCGUGCUAUUUCAUCAUGCUACUCAGAACUUAGGAAUUGUUUAUUUCUGGAAUUUCCCAUUUAAUAUUUUUGGACUGUGGUUGAUCGAGGGUAAAUGAAAUUGCAGAAAGCAAAAAUACAGAUAAGGGGGACUGCUUGCUGUACGAAGACAGAGACAAGAGGAGGGAGCUGUCCUCAAGGGCUUUUUGUGCGAAGACAUCUGGCACACAGAUAUGCUGCAUGCAGGUGGCUUUAGAGAACAUGCAUCCAGGCCCUGAGGAGGCGGGAAGUGGCCGCUAUGGACCCCGUUAUAUCACCGACAUGGGAGCCGGUGAGGAUGAUGAAGGAUUUGAAGACGACUUAGAUUUGGAUAUUUCCUUUGAGGAGGUUAAACCACUUCCUGCUACCAAAGGAGGGAAUAAGAAAUUUUUGAUGGAAAGCAAGAAGAUGUCUAUAUCUAACCCAAAGACCAUUUCCAGGCUCGUCCCCCCUACCUCAGCAUCUCUCCCUGUGACCACGGUGGCUCCCCAGCCCAUUCCCAUAGAGAGGAAAGGGAAGAAUGGUGUGGCCAUAAUGUCAAGGCUCUUUGACAUGCCUUGUGAUGAAACUCUCUGCUCUGCUGACAGCUUCUGUGUCAAUGACUACACCUGGGGGGGCUCACGAUGCCAAUGCAACCUGGGCAAAGGUGGUGAGAGCUGCUCAGAAGAUAUUGUUAUCCAGUAUCCUCAGUUCUUUGGCCACUCCUAUGUAACGUUUGAACCUCUGAAGAACUCCUAUCAGGCAUUCCAAAUUACUCUUGAAUUUAGGGCGGAGGCGGAGGAUGGCUUACUGCUCUACUGUGGGGAGAAUGAACACGGGAGGGGAGAUUUCAUGUCCCUGGCUAUCAUCCGACGCUCCCUGCAGUUCAGGUUUAAUUGUGGAACUGGGGUUGCCAUCAUCGUAAGUGAGACCAAAAUCAAACUGGGGGGCUGGCACACAGUUAUGCUCUACAGAGAUGGGCAGAACGGGCUGCUGCAGCUGAACAACGGCACCCCGGUGACAGGCCAGUCUCAGGGCCAAUACAGUAAAAUUACUUUCCGGACACCUCUCUAUCUUGGUGGCGCUCCCAGCGCUUACUGGUUGGUCAGAGCAACAGGGACAAACCGAGGCUUUCAAGGUUGUGUGCAGUCACUCGCUGUGAAUGGGAGGAGAAUCGACAUGAGGCCCUGGCCCCUGGGAAAAGCACUCAGCGGGGCUGAUGUGGGGGAAUGCAGCAGUGGAAUCUGCGAUGAGGCCUCGUGCGUCAAUGGUGGCACCUGUACAGCAAUCAAAGCCGACUCCUAUAUUUGCCUCUGUCCCCUUGGGUUUAAAGGUCGACACUGUGAAGACGCUUUCAUCUUGACCAUUCCUCAAUUCAGCGAGUCUCUGAGAUCCUACGCUGCAACUCCCUGGCCACUGGAGCCCCAGCAUUACCUUUCCUUCACGGAGUUUGAGAUCACAUUUCGGCCAGACUCAGGAGAUGGUGUUCUCCUGUACAGCCAUGACACAGGCAGCAAAGACUUCCUGUCCAUCAACAUGGCAGGGGGCCACGUGGAGUUCCGCUUUGACUGCGGCUCUGGGACCGGUGUUCUCAGGAGUGAAGAUCCCCUCACCCUAGGCAACUGGCACGAGCUUCGUGUAUCUCGCACAGCAAAGAAUGGCAUCUUACAGGUGGAUAAGCAGAAGGUAGUGGAGGGAAUGGCAGAGGGAGGCUUCACACAGAUUAAGUGCAACACAGACAUUUUUGUUGGCGGAGUCCCCGAUUAUGAUGAUGUGAAGAAGAAUUCAGGUGUCCUGAAGCCUUUCAGCGGGAGCAUCCAGAAGAUCAUCCUGAACGACCGAACCAUCCACGUGAAGCAUGACUUCACCUCCGGGGUGAAUGUGGAGAAUGCGGCCCACCCCUGCGUGAGGGCCCCUUGUGCCCAUGGGGGCAGCUGCCGGCCCAGGAAGGAGGGCUAUGACUGUGACUGCCCCUUGGGCUUUGAGGGGCUUCACUGCCAGAAAGCAAUCGUAGAAGCCAUUGAGAUCCCGCAGUUUAUUGGCCGCAGUUACCUGACGUAUGACAACCCAGAUAUCUUGAAGAGGGUGUCAGGAUCAAGAUCAAAUGUGUUCAUGAGGUUUAAGACAACUGCCAAGGAUGGCCUUUUGCUGUGGAGAGGAGACAGCCCCAUGAGGCCCAAUAGCGACUUCAUUUCCUUGGGCCUUCGGGAUGGAGCCCUCGUGUUCAGCUAUAACCUGGGCAGUGGUGUGGCAUCCAUCAUGGUGAAUGGCUCCUUCAACGAUGGUCGGUGGCACCGAGUUAAGGCCGUUAGGGAUGGCCAGUCAGGAAAGAUAACCGUGGAUGACUAUGGAGCCAGAACGGGCAAAUCCCCAGGCAUGAUGCGGCAGCUUAACAUCAAUGGAGCUCUGUAUGUGGGUGGAAUGAAGGAAAUUGCUCUGCACACUAACAGGCAAUAUAUGAGAGGGCUUGUGGGCUGUAUCUCUCACUUCACCCUGUCCACCGAUUACCACAUUGCCCUCGUGGAAGAUGCCGCGGAUGGGAAAAACAUCAACACUUGCGGAGCCAAGUAACACCAGCUGGCCUUGCCCAAGGGACAGAGCCUUCUAUUCUGAGAAUCCCAGGGGCCCUGAGAUCCUGCCUGAUGCUAUAUGCAGAGGCCCAGGGACCAGGUGUGUGUCCUCUCACCAAAAAGAAAGUACACACUGAUGAGAAACUGAGAACCAAGACAGGCAUCCCUGGGUGGCCUUUCCUGCUGACACUCCGUGAGCUGACCCAGCAGAAUUCCCUGUGUAGGAAGCAUCGGACCUUGUCCAUUGAAUAUGUAGCGGCUGCCGGAGAUCACACAUCAAUGCAAAUUCCAGAGCCUGUCUGCUAUAGCUCAAUGACUGUGUUGUGAUUCAUGGUACAUUAAAGAGAGAGAGAGAGAAAGAAACCCCCAGGGCAGUAUUAAAAUACUUCUCUCCUUCCCUGACUCAUGACACUCUUCCUGACAGCAGAAUGACUGUGUGCCCUUGAACUUCACAUUUCCCACCUUGACCCCUGGAUUGUUCGGAUUAACCCCUUCCACUCCUCACUGGCUGGCUCACUGUGUUCUGACUAAUCCAUGAAAAUAAAGAUGGAAGGAGACCAAACACAGAAUCAUAAUCAUAAUGCGGUCCCCUUCCCCAGAGCUUACCUCGAAUGUGAAAUUCCUACUUUUUAUAAUGCAGAGUUAAGGAGCUGAGCCCCAUGAUUUUGUAGCUGUACUUUUGUAUGUGUAUAUUUUUAUAGCUGCAGACUGUCCACACAGUAUACUUUUGGAAGUUUGGGUGGAUGACCCUGAAUUCUUGCACACCUUUCCUAAAAAUUUCUCCCAGAAGAGACUUGUUUGGGCCGUUUGUGGUGUCAGUGGAAUGGAUAGGUAACUUGGGUGGGCGACUUGGGGAGCUGACCAUCCUCUUUUGGUAAAUGUUGACGGCUCAAGGGGAUGAAUAUAAAGCUUUCCAAGAUAAGCAGAUUAAAAGGAACAUGUGUUACCGAGGUAGGUCACUGUCAUUUUUGCUUUAAGAGAGGGGGAAUAUCUGUAGUAAACUUGAAUAAAGGGGACAAAGCUA